GCCCAGCUGGAGGCCCAGAGCUCCACUCAGGACUUCCAGAGAGCGUCGGAGGUUCUUCGGGCGGCGAAGGAGACGAUCUCUCUGGCGGAGCAGCGCCUCCUGGAGGAGGACCACCGGCAGUUUGACUCCGCCUGGCAGGAGAUGCUGAACCACGCCACGCAGCGGGUGAUGGAGGCGGAGAAUACCAAGACGAGGAGCGAGCUGGUGCACAAAGAGACGGCGGCCAAAUAUACGGCGGCCAUCAACCGCAUGAAGCAGCUGGAGAAAAAACUCAAACGCACCAUCAGCAAGUCCAAGCCCUACUUUGAGAUGAAGGCCAAGUACUACCUGCAGCUGGAGAACCUGAAGAGGACCGUAGACGAGCGGCAGGCCAGGCUCUCUCGGGCUAAAGGCGAGUACAAGAUGGCGCUCAGGAACCUGGAGAAGAUCUCCGACGAGAUCCACGAGCGGAGGAGGAGCUCCUCCAUGGGGCCGAGGGGCCGCGGCGUGGGGGCCGAGGGCCACAGCGUCUCCGGGGACGACGGCUCCAACUUCAAGAUGGAGUCGGACAGGAUCUCCAGUGAGUGCAGAGAACCUCCGUCUGACGUCCCGGCCCUCCGCUCCCCCUCUCCGUCCUCCUCUCCUCCUUCUCACUACCCCACUACCCCUCCUCCUUUCUCCCUCCUCUUCUCCUCCUCCUUCUAUCCGACUGCUUCCCCGUCCCCCUGCCCUCGAGACCCCGACGACCCUCUGCUCUGGUCUGACUUCCCCCUCGCUCAAAAGUCUAGAAGGAGCUGUACCUACUGCCCUACCGGAGAGAAGUUUUGUGUCGACCUGCGGUGA